CUGCCGAAGUAAAUACAUUUCGUAUCUCCUCCGCCUUACUCUGUCCUGCGUUCGAAGAAGGAAGAAACCCCGAGCCUCCUCUCCACAACCCUAACAAUGGCCGAGGGACUCGUGUUGAAGGGCACCAUGCGCGCUCACGCCGACGCAGUCACCGCCAUCGCCACUCCCGUCGACAACGCCGACUUCAUCGUAUCCUCCUCCCGCGACAAGUCUAUCGUCGUCUGGAAGCUCUCCAAGGACGACAAGUCCUAUGGCGUCCCCCAGCGUAGACUCACCGGUCACUCUCACUUCGUUCAGGACGUCGUCCUCUCCUCCGACGGUCAGUUCGCUCUCUCCGGCAGCUGGGACGGCGAGCUCCGCCUCUGGGACCUCGCCACCGGCGUCUCCACCCGUCGAUUCGUCGGCCACACCAAGGACGUCCUCUCCGUUGCGUUCUCCGUCGACAACCGUCAGAUCGUGUCUGCGUCCCGUGACCGUACGAUCAAGCUCUGGAACACGCUCGGUGAGUGCAAGUACACCAUCUCUGACCAAUCCGAAGGCCACAGGGAGUGGGUGAGCUGCGUUAGGUUUAGCCCCAACAUGCUCGUGCCGACAAUCGUCUCCGCCUCUUGGGAUCACACCGUGAAGGUGUGGAAUCUCCAUAACUGCAAGCUGAGGAACACGCUCGUGGGACACUCGGGAUAUGUCAACACAGUCGCCGUGUCUCCGGACGGUUCGCUCUGCGCCAGUGGCGGGAAAGACGGCGUGAUAUUGCUGUGGGAUUUGGCCGAAGGGAAGAAGCUGUACUCGCUCGACGCUGGUGCUGUGAUCCACUCCCUCUGCUUCAGCCCCAACAGGUACUGGUUGUGCGCUGCGACGGAGCAUGGCAUAAAGAUCUGGGAUCUUGAGAGCAAGAGCAUUGUCGAGGACUUGAAGGUCGAUCUGAAGACCGAGGCAGAGAAGUCGGAUGGAGACACUGGAGCGGCGAACAAGCAAAAGGUCAUCUACUGCACGAGCUUGAGCUGGAGUGCAGAUGGCAACACAUUGUUCAGUGGAUACACAGACGGAAUCAUCAGAGUCUGGGGCAUCGGCCGUUACUAGAAGAAGCAAGAAUGUGUUCUUCCAAUGAUGAUUCCUUUCAUUUCUAUCAAAUUUUCAGAAAUAUUUUAAACCCCUUUGAUGAUAUGCCCCUUUCUCAUGUUUGUUGUCCUGAACUGGUCUGAGUUAUAAUCUUUUUCUGAUCAAAGAGAUCAUUUUGAGCA